AUGCCCGGGGCUAAAAGAUCUCUCGACAUCCUCAUCGUCGGUGCCGGGCUCGGCGGUCUAGCCGCUAGCCUAGCCCUAAGGACCGACGGACACUCGGUUCGCGUAAUCGACGCAGUCCCAGAAUUUGCCGAGGCCGGCGCAGGCAUCAGACUCCCGCCCAAUUCGAGCCGGCUCCUGCUCCGCUGGGGCGUCGACCUAGAGAAGAUGAAGAAAUCCGUGUCGAGGCGCUACCAUUUCGUCCGGUGGAAAGACGGGUCUACUAUGGUCGAAAUACCAUUCGACAACAUCGUCGAGGAGCACGGGGCCCCUUACUACUUGGUACACCGCGCGGACCUCCACGAGGCGCUCUUGGCUGCGGUGAGGAAAGCCGGCGUCGAGGUCCUAAACAAUAAGAGGGUCGUGUCUUACGAUUUCGAAGCUCCCAGCGCUACGACGCAGGACGGCGAAGUCUUCGCCGCGGACCUAGUCAUCGCAGCCGACGGCAUCAAGUCGAUAACGCGGCCCCUCCUCACGGGCCAGCCCGACGUUCCCCGAGACACGGGAGACGUGGCGUACAGGAUCGUCCUGCCGGGAGAAAAGCUGUUAGCAGACCCCGACCUGGCGGACCUCAUCACGAACCCGUGCACGACGUCGUGGUGCGGGCCGGACGCCCACCUCGUCGGGUACCCCGUGCGCGACGGCGAGCUGUACAACUUGGUCGUGUGCGCGACGUCGCAGAACGAGACCACGGACCAGGUGUGGGUCAUCAAGGGCGACAACAGCGAGCUGCGCAAGAGGUUCGCCGACUGGGAGCCCCGCAUCCGGAAGCUGUGCGCCCUCACCGGCGACUUCAUGAAGUGGCGCCUCUGCGACCUGCCAGACUUGUCGCGCUGGGUGCAUCCGUCUGGUAAGGUUAUGCUGCUCGGCGAUAGCUGUCACCCGAUGCUGCCGUACCUCGCCCAGGGCGCUGCGCAGUCGUUCGAGGACGCUGCUGUGCUGCGGCAGUUGCUGGCUACGGAUAUGGAGCUCGGUAGCGCGUUAGAACGGUUCGAGGCGAUUCGGAAGCCGCGAGCGACGCUCAUCCAGGCGAAGACGCGCGAGCAUCAGUAUAUCCUGCAUAUCGACGACGGCGAAGAGCAGGAGUUAAGGGAUCGGAAGCUUCGGGUUGACAGCGAGGAGAAUCCGAUAUUUUGGGGAUAUGAAGAGCGACGGAAGUGGUUAUUUGGUCACGACGCGGAUGUGUUGACCAAGGGGGGAUAUAAUUGGAAAUCGUUCGUAGCUAGUAAUGGGGUUGUUACUAAUUAA